AUGAGUUAUUUCGUGAACAAAAAGCAGAUCCAAAGAAGUCAGAUUAUAGUGAAGCUAGAAAAAAAGUAUAUUUUAUUUUUUAACCUCUAUAAUGUUUUUUUAGAUUUCUAUAAUAAUAAUUUUUCAUCACUGAAUACAUGUAAAAAUAUAUACUUCUACGGAAUUUUCCAAGUUUUAGAUCAAUAUCAUGAAUAUGAAGUGAAAUUGAUAAAGGAUGCGGAUGAUGAUAAUUAUAAAAAUAUUUGUGACAUUGAAUGCGGCUCUGAUAUAUGUACCAAUGAUGUUAAAGCAAUUUGCGAAAAAUAUGCAAAGAAGUUUUUAAGUUUACCUAAACCUGAUAGUCCGGAAAAAAAUUUUCGUACUGGUUAUGCAAAAUAUUUGAAUUAUUUGUUUAAUCAAGAAUUAAGAGUUAUUAAAGGUGAAUCUGAUAGAAAUGAAUAUUACAAAAAAUUUAAGAACAAAUGUUCUAGCGAUAUUAAGCUGAAUACAUUGAAGGAUCAUAUAUCUUAUAUUAAAGAUGAGGAAUAUAAUAAAUUAAAAAUAUUACAUGAGUUAUAUGAUAACUUUAGAAAUAUUAAGAUUAAAACAACUGAUAAUUCUCAAGCCGAAGUAAGUAAUUCUCCAAAGUAUGAUGAACAUUGUGUUAGUACAUACAAUAAAGGCAUUACAUUGUAUAAAGGUGAAGAAGAUAAAAAAGAUAAAGAUUUUUAUUAUGCACUGAAAGAAUUUAGCGUUUUAUAUGAAAAAUAUAGAUAUAGGGAAAAUUUAAUUGAUAAAAAAGAAUUAAAAGUAUUGCCAUAUUUUCAAGAUAUAGACGAUUCGAAAGAAAAAAGUGGCAUACAGAAAGAAAUCCAAUUAAAUAACUCUACUAUAAGCAAUAUAUAUAAUAGUUUUAGUAAUCAUACUUUGGAUAAUACUCAAUGCGCUAAAUACUGUCAUGAAAUUAUUUCUCCUGAUGAAAAUAAUGAUGAAAUUAAAUCACUUUGUGUCAAACUUGUAACUCUUUUAAAAAAAUUAAAUACUAUAGAUGGCGUAGGAAAUAACCAUAGAGAUAGGUGUUCAAAUUUAAUAUAUUGGACAUAUGAUCAAAUAAUGCACAUAUUUGGUAGUGCUGAAAAUUAUUAUAAAAAUUCAUCUAUUAUUCAUGAAAUUAAUAAAGUAAUUUCUAGAGUAAAUGAUGAGUUGAAAGUAAAUGAGAAUUGUUAUUUUUACGUGGAUGGUGAUUUUGAUCAAUGGAAUAAAGAAAGAGAUUUACAUUAUUACUUUUUAAUUUUUGAUAAUUUAAGCAGUGUUAAGGAUGACGUUGCUAAAAUUGAAACGUACUGUGACUAUCUUAAGUAUAUUAAUGGACUAUAUAAAGAACAUAUUAAAAGUUGUUGCACUCGUUAUAUUAGACCCGAUGAGUACAUGAAGAAUAAAUGUCCGAGUUAUUUUAAAUGUGAUAAGAAAUAUUAUCCCACUGAUCUCAUGACUAAAUUUAAAUGUGCAGAUAAUGAAUAUAAAGAAAGCGUAGAAGAUAUUUUUAAUUCUAUAACGGUCGAUCUCAACGUUAUAAGGUAUAGUAUUUUCAUGAAUUCGUUUAACCAAAUUAUAAACAUAACGAAUGACCCUUUUUAUUUGUUCGUCUUAGCUGCUUUUGGAUUACUUGGAUUCUUUUUUAUAUUUUUCAUUUUUUAUAAAGUAACCAGGCAUACUAUUUAUAUAUAUGCGCACAUUUUUUAUGUUAAUUAUAUAAUUCGUUUUCUUAAAACAUUUAGAAUUAUGAAAUACAUUUAUUAUAAAUUUUUAUUACAUUUUUGUACCUGUCAGUUUGCUCCCAUUGGAUCCAGUAAUCGCAAAAGAAUAUCAAGGAGAAAUAUGGAUAUGACAGACACCUCAAAUUAUCAUAGGCAAGAAUCAAUUUCAUAUAAUAAAAAAAACGCUAAUGCAAAUCCGAAGCGAAAAAGAGUACAAAUAGCAUAUCAAGCAACAUGA